CACACCCCUCCAUGACGCAGCUAUACGGGGCCACCCCAAGUGUGCGGAAAUACUGCUGCAGCACGGGGCUGAUGCCGGUCUCAGGAACGAGGAUGGUCGAACGGCGGAGGACAUCGCUGCAGAUGAGGACACCAGUAAAGCUUAUCCGGUCAUCAAAGAUGAGAAAGACCGAAUCACUCGUGGUAGAAAGGAAAUACUGAAGCUUCUCCGACAACAGAAUAAUGAAGUCUCCACACGUAAGAAAGGCUACGAUCCUGUACUCGUCCGGUUCUAUGAGGAAAGCGGAAUGACAGAGGUGAAGAAGGAUUGUCCGUUGAUAGAAGAAGCAGCUAAGCAGAGCGGGAAAACUGUAGACCAAGUGAAGAACUUCAUCGGCAACUAUCGUAGGAGUAAGGGCGACAGUAAGCGGAGCCUCCCCACAGACGACAUGGGGGCUGAGAACAUCACGGGACAUCGUGAAGACUUAGGGAUGUCGGCAAAAAAGGGAGACAGCAGUGUUCCACUCGAAAUACAGCUGCGGGGUCCUGGAAUGCAGCAGCUGUACUCCCAGGCCUGCCGCCAGGGGGCGCGACCGGUGCACAGCGUGCGCGGGCUCGUGGUUGGUCAGUUCAGAUCCGGGAAGACGUGUGUCGUCAGGAGGCUGACGGGAGAGAAGGCUGUGGAGAAUGAACCGAUCACAGACGGCAUCGAGAUUUCACCCAGCGUGAAGACCAAGACUUGGCGGAAGGCAAAAGAGGAGCCAGACGAAUUCAAGGAAACUAUGGCAGAACGCUUGGCGGAACAGCAACAAGAACAGUACAAACCACGCACCCGGACAUCGUCAGGGGCCCAAGGAGCAGUCAGGAAAAAGUCUACAGAUGCAGAAAAAGCACAGAAAAUGACAAGGAAACGGGCGCACCAGGAGAAACAAGCGAAGAACGAGACGCCGACACAAAGUCAACAGACACCAAAACUGGAGGAAGAAGAUGAAAAAGAAGGGAGAGACAUGCCGGAUGAUGUCAAAAUAAAAGCUCUACAGCGACUUCAUAGCGACGUGACGGUUCUGCAGCAAAUUCAAGACAUUCCGGAUGAUGUCAUAAUAAAAGCCAAAGAGCGACUCCAAGGUGGCAUGACCGAAGAGCAGCUUGGAACAGCCGAACACCCGCGUCUCUCCCUCUGGGACUUCGGCGGCCAGGCAACUUACUACGGCUCGCACCAGUGCUUCUUCACGUACCGCGGGAUCUACAUCCUGGUCAUGUCAUUGCUGCAGAAGCUGUCCGACCCAGUUCCUGAUCUGGACUACAAGGCGGCAGCGGACAAUCUCGUAACUGGAAGAGACUACUUGGACCACUGGCUGAACUCAGUCCGCACACACACCCUGGUGCACGGGCGGGAGCAGACAGGAGAGCCGCGUGUUGUUUUGGUCCUCACACACAAGGACAGGGUCGAUGAGUCGGACAUUGAGGAGUACAAGAAAGACAUACGUGAUCACAUCAGUGGUAAGGCCGCCGGUAAACACGUCUUACCAAAGAUAUUUGUCAUCGACAACUUCAACGAGGACAACAGCGACAUUGACGAGCUCCGAGAAUACCUCCGUGAGGUGGCGAAGGGUCUGUGGUUCAUGGGCCAGGAGGUGCCGAUGACUUGGCUUCAUCUAAAGUCCAAACUGAUGGACAAGAGGAGAGAGGACGACCCAUUCUGCCGUUUCCAAGAUGUCAUCGAUCUGGCCCGGAGUGAUGACGUGGGCAUCACGGACGACAGCCAUGUUGCCGACAUUUUGACCUUCCUACACGACCUUGGUGACAUCAUCUUCAUCAACGAACCCGUUCUCCGUGAUCACGUGGCCCUUCGACCCCAGGUGAUGAUUGACGUCUUCAAGACCAUCAUCACCGUCCCGGAGUACCAACAGGACAGGAACACGGAUGGGGAGGUUGCCGAGAUGUGGAGGAGGCUGGAGACGGAAGGCAUCCUCAGUGACAGGCUGUUGACAAUCAUCUGGACCAAAGCAGAUCAGAAGAUGCAGAAACCCUUCCUACUGCGGCACAAGCCUUUCCUGAAGCGACUGAUGGAAAAGUACUAUCUCCUCUGCAACGCCACGCCGAUCGGUGGGUUUGAUGACACUUCGUGUGAUCCUGAGAAAGAAGAGAUCUACUUCGUACCGUCUCUCCUGGCCACAAAGCCUGACGACAGCACCUUGUAUCCUGGGCACAUGAGGAGAUACCAGCAUCCUCUGUAUGUCGUAUUUGACAAUAUGUUCCUCCCAAGUGGCAUGUUCUAUCGUCUACAAGCCAUUUGUGUGCGCAGGUUCGGUCUUCAAGAGUCCCACGUGUUAGCCGGCUGCGGCCGCUUCCCUACCGACGAUGUAAAGCAACAGUUCGUGGUAACCAAAGUGAAGCACUACCUGAAGGUGGAGCUUCUGUCGGCUGAAGACCAGGCAGUGUUCACACAAGCCCUUCCUGUUAGAAAGUUCCUCAGCAGUUGUCUCUUUGAGAUCAAGGAGAAGUGGAUCCCGUCCAUCCAGUAUGACUGGUGCUUUGGGGAUGAGUCAGAAAAAGAAACCGGAAAACCAGUAUUCUACCCAAUGUGUGACAUCGAACAAGAAACGGCAACGGGAUCCAGUCGUUUUCCAGAAGACUUCAUCAAUGUCUGGAUACGUGGCAGAAGUGAUACGACAAUGUCCUGUGCAGAGAACUCAGGUGGUUCCGGACCCGUGAUGAUAGAGCCCACGCUGAACCCAGACGCAGUCCACACGAUCGGCCCUGUCCUGGACUGUAUGGAGACCUGCAGAGGGCUGAGUCUGGCGGAGUGCGAUCGGAUCAGACACGAGCUAACAUCCGUCAGCAGGUUUAAAGAGUUGGUUGCCACCGUCAACCGGGCCGGAGACAUGUGCCGUCGCUUGCUGGGAGCGUCCGUGGAAGUUUGUCUGCCUGAGAGAGCACCCAUGUUCCCCAGGGAAGAGAGAGGGAACGAAAUUGUUCUCCUACACACCGGAGACUACAAUGACAAGCUGGUGCAGCCACUGUUGAAACAGGCAGUCCAAUCGUCCAACAGGUACGGUGUAACAUUGUCUGAAGACGUCAUCGAACCAGGAGAAAUCAUCACAGACAAACUCUUGCACCAUCUUCUCGAACGGAACGUCAGAAUGGUCGUACCGAUCAUCACACCGCAGACUCUCCACAGCAGACACUGGUCCACGCUCGGGUACGAAUUCUGCGUAGAGAACAAGAACCUGGUCUUUCCGGUCUUCGUGUACCCUGAAGGAACCAGAGAGCGUUUCCUAGAGGUGCUCGGCAGGCGCUGUGCGGGGAUGUUGGAUAUGGCAUCAACAGAAGUACCAAUGGCUGAAGAACCACUGUCCAGUACCAAAAUCAGUCUCACUGCUGCACAAAUCCUGAGGAAGGUGUCGUCUUCUGUUGUGCUGUACACACGCCAGAUCACAGCUGCAGGCUGCACGGUUGUGGAGGAUGGUGUCACUAUCUUCUUUCCGAAAGGAUGUGUGAAGAAGAAAAGGUUCAUGUCUCUGGAG